AUGAGCAAAGAAAAAGACAAAGUAGCUUCUCCUACAUCUUACGGCACGUUUCAAGGUGUCCCUACUUAUCCACCACCGUUGCAUCCUCGUCCUCCGCAGCAUCAUCUGGUUUCCGGAUUCCCUCAGCCGUCUCAGCCUCCCGGGGUAACUCAUCACGACCUUUCCGUUCAUCAAUACAUUCAUGAACAUCAAACUGUUCCUGGAUAUCCUGUCUCUGAAGGAAGAUCUGGAAGACAAGAACAACCUCUUCCUUGUUGUGGUCUUGGAAUCGGUUGGUUCUUGUUUAUAACCGGUUUCCUCCUUGGAGCAAUCCCAUGGUACAUAGGAAUAUUCAUCCUAGUGUGUGCUAAGAUCAACCCACGAGAGAAACCAGGAUACAUAGCUUGCGCCAUAGCUGCUGUUCUUGCUACAAUUGCCAUAGUUUUUGGUUUCAUUGGAGGAAGAGAAGUCUGGUCGUGA